AUGGAAAGAAUGGGAUUUUUGAACAUUGGUGGAGACUUAAACCGGGAAGAAAGUCUCUUCCACUGGAUGAAGAAAGGGAGCGUCUCCAAGCCCCGGAUACCGCGACAACGCUCAGCCUCCGAGCCUGAACGUACAAGCUGCACAGAGAAGCGCCACAAGCCGCCAGGGCCACCCGCACUUCCAUAUAAAAGCGAGGACGACCCACAAGAAAAGGAAGAAGAAAGACCCCUCAGCGGCGUGAGACGCAAGACACCGCACCCAGACGCGGCCUCCCUGGCCGGAAACCGCGCAUGGGUGGCCUCAGGGCAGGCGUCUGGCUUGGGCGCGGGAGCCUGGGGCCGCGUGUUCGGCUCGGGGUUCGGGUCCCUUGAGACAUGCGGUGUCGAGGCGCUCGGGCGCCGCCCUGACGAGGCCUCACGGCUCCGAACCACCUUAGACCUCCAGGCCCCUCGCAGACUGACAGGCAUCUCUCCACGCCCAGCCAGCCUUGGGCCUUAUAACCAAGCACCUUUUUCCACACAGCCGUCUAGACUGAGGAAGACCCGUAAACUUCGGGGCCACGUGAGCCACGGUCACGGCCGAAUCGGCAAGCACCGGAAGCACCCGGGAGGCCGGGGAAAUGCUGGUGGCCUGCUUCACCACAGGAUCAACUUUGACAAAUAUCACCCAGGUUACUUUGGGAAAGUUGGUAUGAGACAUUACCACUUAAAGAGGAACCAGAGCUUCUGCCCAACUGUCAAUCUUGAUAAACUGUGGACCUUGGUCAGUGAGCAGACACGGUUAAAUGCUGCCAAAAACAAGACUGGAGUUGCUCCUAUCAUUGAUGUGGUGCGAUCGGGUUACUACAAAGUUCUGGGGAAGGGAAAACUCCCAAAGCAGCCUGUCAUCGUGAAGGCCAAAUUCUUCAGCAGAAGAGCUGAGGAGAAGAUUAAAGGUGUUGGGGGUGCCUGUGUCCUGGUAGCUUGAAGCCACAUGGAGGGACAUUCAUUAAAUGAUAUGUGCUUUUCUUUCUCUUCUGA